AUGACGCUCACCCUCUUUCUGAUGCUGCUGCUGCAGCUUCUCUUGCGUUCCGUCGCGGCCUCCGCCGUCACCGUCACUAUCACGGCCGCGCCGACCAUUCCCUCCAACGAACCAUCCUACUCGAAGCGCUACGUCUUCACAUCCGCUAUGCUCAACAGCACCAACACCUACCGGCGGCAGCACAACGCCUCGUCGCUCGAGUGGAACGCCACGCUCGCCUCCUUUGCUAGAUCGUACCUGGCGGACGCCGCCCGCAAGGACUGCGAGUUUGCGCACUCGGGUGGGCCGUACGGCGAAAAUAUUGCCAUCGGCUACGCCAAUGCGACGGCCGCGACCGAGGCGUGGGGCGACGAACGGCGCGAAUACGACUUUGGCAAGCCCGGGUUCGAGCACAGCACCGGGCACUUUACGCAGCUGGUCUGGAAGGACACAACGACAGUGGGCUGCGAGAGGGUGCUGUGUGGCGCGAGGGGCUGGUUCGUCGCGUGCGAGUACUGGCCGAGAGGCAACGUGCAGGGCCAGUAUGGAGAUGAGGUGCAGAGGCGAGUCGACAGUGGUGCAAAGAGCUCACGAGGAACUUCGGGGAUUGCCGUGGUGAUGGCCAUAGCUGCGAUGUUGUGGCUUUGCUAG